AUGCCACCCUCAUCCGCCGACGCCGCGCGUCUGGCCACUCUGUCUCCUCCGAAUCCAUCCUUCCCCCUCACAUCCGCCGCCCUGCUCAUCGCUCUCUCCGGCCCCUCCUCCAGCGGCAAAACAACCCUCGCCCGCCUUCUCCGCGACGCCCUCCCCGCCAGCUACAUCUUGCACGAAGACGACUUCUACAAGACCGACGUUGACAUUCCGCGCCGCGCCGACGGCGUGCAAGACUGGGACUGCCUGGACGCCAUCGACGCGCCAGCGCUGCGCGCCGCCCUCGCCCACAUUCGCGACGCGGGCACCCCGCCCCCCGACUUCGUCAGCAAGGAGGACCAGAAUGCCGUCGGUGAGUGCGGCGUCGACUCCGCGGCCAUCGAGCGCGCAGCCGACCGCUUGCGCAGCUUUUUCGCUCGCCCGGACGUCCGCGAGCACUGGGCCGAGCGCCGCAUAGCCCUCAUCGAUGGCUUUCUGCUCUACUCGAAGGAGAUGGCCGAGUUAGGCGUGCGUGAUGCUUUUGACAUUAAGCUCUUCUUGCGGACGUCGCACCAAACGGCAAAGCAGAGGCGCGAGGCCCGUAGUGGCUAUGUCACUCUCGAGGGCUUCUGGGAGGAUCCGCCGGGGUACGUCGACGACAUCGUCUGGCCCAACUACGUCAAGGACCACGAGUUCUUGUUCAAAGACGGUAAUGUCGAGGGAGAACUGGACGAGGAUGUGUGUCGGAAGAUUGGCAUCCAAGGCAUGCCCAAGGAAGCGGAGGGGAACAUGAGUGUGUGUCUCGAGUGGGCCACUGGGGUUAUCAUCGAGAAGUUGAGUGAGCAGUUGGGUGUCGGCACAGACGCGUAA